CAGGCGCCGUGAGCGCUCCCGGGUCGCUCUCACUCCGGAGGAGCCUGCCGCAAGCGAUAGCGGCGGCGGCGAGCGAGGAACGGGGCGGGCUGGUAGCCGGCCGGCGAUGGAGCUCGUAGGGACCCAGCAGCAGCAGGGGGCCGCCGGACGGAAGAGGGUGCCCAACCGGGAGAGGCCGACGGCCGAGGACGAUGCCCUGAACCAGAUCGCUCGCGAGGCUGAAGCGAGGCUUGCAGCAAAGAGGGCCGCACGAGCAGAGGCACGAGAAAUCCGAAUGAAGGAACUUGAGAGGCAGCAAAAAGAGAAAUACUAUGGUCUGGACACAAAGUUUGGUGACAUCGAGCAAUGGAUGGAAGACAGUGAGCGUUACACCCGUAAAUCCAGAAGAAAUGCCUCGGCUUCGGAUGAAGAUGAGCGCAUGUCAGUGGGUAGCCGCGGAAGCCUCAGGGCUUCCUGCUAUUCUGACCUUAGUCUUCACUGCAGUGGUUUGUCUUCCAAAUCCCAGCCUUCUUCCCAAAAUGGAAAUCGGCCUUCCUUGUUGUACAGUGAUGCUGUGCCAGCCAGAAGCUACAGGGCCUCUCUGUUUGAUGAGAACUUUAACAGUGGGAAUCGUCGGUAUAGUGCCUCUAGUUCACGUCCUCCUUCAGAAUACAGUUGCUACCUCGGCUCAGGAUCUCGAGCUUCUUCUAGAGCUAGUUCUGCUCGUGCAAGUCCUGUGGUUGAAGAAAGGCCUGAAAAAGAUUUUGAAAAGGGAGUUCGCACUGUGUCAAGUUUAUCAGCAGCUACACUGGCCUCUCUAGGUGGAACGUCUUCUCGGCGAGGCAGUGGAGAUACCUCCAUCUCAGUUGAUACCGAAGCAUCUAUUAGAGAAAUCAAGGAUAUCAAUGAGUUAAAGGACCAGAUUCAGGAUGUAGAAGGAAAAUACAUGCAGGGAUUGAAGGAAAUGAAGGACUCCCUUGCUGAAGUUGAAGAGAAAUAUAAGAAGGCUAUGGUGUCAAAUGCUCAAUUAGAUAAUGAGAAAACCAAUUUCAUGUAUCAAGUAGACAACCUAAAGGAUGCAUUGUUGGAACUAGAAGAACAGCUUGCGGAAUCCAGGAGACAAUAUGAGGAGAAAAGUAAAGACUUUGAGAGGGAAAAACAUGCUCAUGCAAUACUGCAGUUUCAGUUCAUCGAAGUUAAAGAAGCUUUGAAGCAAAGAGAAGAACUCCUUGCAGAAAUCCGUCAACUACAACAGAAACAAGAGAGCUAUGUCAGGGAAAUGUCUGAUCUUCAGGAGACAAUAGAAUGGAAAGAAAAAAAGAUAGGGGCAUUAGAGAGGCAGAAAGAGUUCUUUGAUUCCAUAAGAGGUGAGCGAGAUGAUCUUAGAGAGGAAGUGGUUAUGCUGAAGGAACAAUUGAAGCAACAUGGAAUAAUUCCCAAAUCAGAAGUAGCAGCCAAUGGAGAAACUGCUGAAGGCCUUGAUAACGGUGGACUGGCAAGUUCUUCUAAGAUUGUUUCAGGGGCAAGUCAUACCCCUGAGGUAGCUGGAGAUGGUGUACUAGGCAGAGCCAAUGAAAUGGAGAUGAAAAAUGAGAUUUUGGAGAAUAUGGGGAAAAGCGAAAUCUUGCAGAAUACUGAGCAUGAGGAACACACAGAGGAGACUAAGGAGCAGGAAGUUGUGCAGGAAUGUUCGGAGAUAAAGCCAUUGCAUGCUGAUGAAAAUGUGGAGGCAGAAAAAAUCACUGAAGGCAAAGUUGUAUCGACACUGGUGUUAAGUAGUGGACUAGAGGAACCAGCCAAAAAUCUUUCACAGCAUCUUCCAGGAAUUGUUUGUGCCAUUGAAAAUAGUGGUGCAGUUGAAGUAAGGGGUGAAGGGGGGUCGCUUGGUGAUACCAGAGAAGUGAAAGAGUUUGAUGGAAAUGGUUUAAAUAAAAUUGAUCAUCAAAAUAAAGAAGCUGAUGUAUCUACUGAAGUCAAUCUAGAACUAAAUACAGGUUUAGAAAUGCUUCCUAAAGAGCAGAGUAAAGAGAAUCAAAUAGAUAUUGUGGUUGAUGUGGCAGACGACAAUAAUAGUGAAGAAUUUCAGGAAGCUUUAGAAUCUGUGAAUAGCAGUUGCAUAGCAAAUUCCAGCCAGUCAGAAUCACCAGAACUGAUGGAAGACAAGCUUUCCAGAGUACCAGCUACUAAUCCUAGCAGUGAAAAAUCAGAAAGUAAGAUUGUUGAAGAUGACUUGUCAAGUCAGCUUGUCAACGAGGAAGCAAAUAUUACACUAUCUGCUAAAGCAGAGUGGAAUGAAAAUGAGGUUGGUGAAAUUAAUGAACAGAAUGACAUGGAAGAUGCAGUCCACCAGCAGGAGAGCUGGUGGACUGCAUCUGACUCAGAGCAAUCAAAACAUGCACCAAAUGAAUUUGUAGAGGAACAAAAAGAAAUUGAAAAGGACAAAAUGCAGUCCUUGUCUUCAGAACAUGAUGUAUGUGUUGAAGAGGAACAAAAUGAGCAAAAGAAAGGAACAACUGAAAAUAAUGUUGAGCAGAGCCUUGCUAAAGGAACUAAUUAUACAGAAAAAUUGUUAGGAACAUUGGAUGCACCUUUAGUUUCUGAGGGAAAGGUUGAGCAAUAUACCAUGGAAGAGGGGUGUGCAAAAGAAUCUGUUGUAGGUGACGUAACAAACAGUGAAUGCCGUAGCUACGAGGAGAAAAAAAUAAAUGUAGAGGAUGGUCCAAGGAAAUGCAGUGAAACCAAAACAGGUUUCAUAGAUAAUGGGAAGCCUCUGGCACAUGUCUCAGGAACACCUGAAAAAAUUGCUGAUGAGGGUCAUGAAGAAUACAACACUAAACACAUUAAAGACUGGUCUGCUGAAGAACAAAGUAAAGCUAGACUAGAUGACAAUGUUUCAGAAUUGGAUACAACUGAACGUAUGAUAGAAGACACUGAAGAAGUAGGCAAAGGGAAUGAGGAGAACAAGAAUCAUGGACAAAUAGAGGAAAAAGUUCUUGAAGUUGUGCCAGAAAUUGUGGAAGCUGCUUGUCUUGAGUCUCAAAAACCUGAAUACAUCAAUCAAGAGAAAGAGUCUGACAGUGAAGAAGAAGUAGGGGAAGAAUAUCAUGAAGCAUGUGAUUUCAGUGAGUCUCCUUUAGAAGAACAAAGAACUAGUGCAUGGAGUGAAAAGCAGGGUAACAAAUUGGAGACAAUCUGUCACCAGACCCAAGAGAAAGACCAAGUUGUAGAAAGUACAGCACAGAAUGUGCUCAAAGAAAACAGUGAAGAGGAAUGUAAAAACACAGAAAGAUUUACUGAGGAAAAUAAGGAGAAAUUUUACCAGAUCCCAUCAGAUGAGAUGAUGGAUGAGGCCAUGUUGACUGAAAAUAAAAAUAUGCAGCAUGGGAAAGGAAACAAAGCUGAAGAAGCUGAACAUUUGCUGACUGAUUCUUUCAUUUCUGAGCCUUCAAGGGCACAGUGUGAGACGCUGGAGGAUACAAACAGAGAUAUAUUAUAUGAAAUCAGUUCCAAACAAAUUGCUGAAUAUACAUCAGAGCAGUUGAAAGAGUUAGAGGCAUCUGUGCAUGAAAGUCAAGAGGAAUUCCAGCCAGGUAGGAAGGGUAAAGGUAAAUCUCGGGAAGACUGUAAUAUAUCGUAACUUCCAAAGUUGGAUCACUGUUGCAUGUUACACGUCCAGCAAUCUGAUAUAUUAUACAGCAAAAAGACACUUUUUAUCCAAAAGAUCAAAGACAAGAUGGUGUAUUUGCUGGUUAAUUUGAAAGAAAGAGCUUUACAAUGCAACUAGUUUCACACAACUUGUUCUCAUCAUUGAUAAUGAAUGUAUGUGAAAGUGUUUGCACCUCUCAUGUUUACAUUUAUUCAUCAUGAUCAAAGCUAUUAAUCUUAAUAAGUUGCAAUUAAGUGCUUUUAAUAUUCCAUCAAAAUUAUAAGAUGGUAUUUGACUUUUUCAGUAUU